UAACUUUAAGUUGAUAUAAAAUUUCUAUAUGUUGAUGGGGUGUGGAAUGAUCCGGUACUUACAUGCCCUGUGUUAUGAUUGGAUUAGGGGCCCCGCAGCCGCCAUGUCCGGCUCGUUCGAACUCUCGGUGCAAGAUCUCAACGACCUGCUCUCAGACGGCAGCGGCUGCUACAGCCUUCCGAGCCAGCCCUGCAACGAGGUCAUCCCGAGGGUCUACGUGGGCAACGCGUCUGUAGCUCAGGACAUCUCCCAGCUGCAAAAAUUGGGCAUCACCCACGUCCUGAAUGCCGCCGAGGGCAGGUCCUUCAUGCACGUCAACACCAAUGCCAACUUUUACAGUGAUUCCGGCAUCACCUACUUGGGCAUCAAGGCCAAUGACACGCAGGAGUUCAACCUCAGCGCCUACUUUGAAAGGGCCGCAGACUUCAUCGACCAGGCCUUGGCUUACAAGAAUGGCCGGGUGCUUGUCCACUGCCGUGAGGGGUACAGCCGCUCCCCAACACUCGUCAUCGCCUACCUCAUGUUGCGGCAGAAGAUGGAUGUCAGGUCUGCUCUGAGCAUCGUGAGGCAGAAUCGUGAGAUUGGUCCCAAUGAUGGUUUCCUGGCCCAACUCUGCCAGCUCAAUGACAGACUAACCAAGGAGGGCAAGGUGAAACUUUAGGGUGCCCACAGCCGCCUUCUGCGGAGGUCCGACUGGGAGGCCCUGGCAGCCAUGCUUAGGAAACACAGUUUCCUGCUCCCAGUGUCACUCGGCACUCGCCCAUCUGUCUGUCCCAUUGUGGCCCAGGGCUGCUCCACCCCUAGGGAGCAUAUGAAGAAGCUUGCUGAGGAGGCCUUUCUUACUCCUUGGCUGUCCUUCCCUGCCAUUUAUGUCCUUUCCCUGAGGUGGUGGCUCAGGGAGGAAGCCUGUGGCAUAGAUACGUCUCAGUGACCCAGGGCAGGAGGCACUUCACGGGACCCCCUCCCGCACCUGGGUUCCCGAGUGGUCUAGCAUGGUGACCCUGGUAAGUGAUCUAUGCAAACACAGGUUCUGCUCUCCCCACGUCUGUCACUGGUCCUCACAGCCCGACACACCCUCUUAGGCAGAGGCAUAAGAUGAAGCAGGGUAGAGGUAGGUUCCUAGUGGCUGGAUUUCCACAAAAAGGCUGUGUUUUAAUUAUUUCCUUAGAAUUAAAGAUACUCUACAGGGGCCCUUGGGUAGGCAAAUCCGUUUUCCCUCGAGGGCUCUCCCAAUUCUUCGGAAUGUUUAAAGUGUGCCUCUUUGAGGAUCUUCCGUUCCUUAUCUGCUGCUUUGGUGUCUUCUCUGUGGAUGGCACUGUCCCUUUUCCUUGGGGAGGGUUCUGUUUCUCUUCUUUAGAAUGCAGGGUGUUGAGGCCCAGUCUAUUAAAAAAAAAAAAACCCACCGUUUGGAGAAUUGCAAGGGUUUUAUCCUGAAUUAUAGUGUGGGUGAGCCUAAGCCGUCAUACUAACUGCUUUUCAUCCUGGUUGCUAUUCUAAGAAUAGAAGGAGGAAGUUGGCCAAUUACAGCUCGUGUUCGUGGGUGUGUGCACGGCUGUGAAGUGGGGAGGGGACAGGAGGGAAAUGGAGGGUCCCUGUGCUCACCCUUGCCCAUUUACGGGUCGUUCUGAUGGAGUGGCCCUCUGGGCACAAAUGAGCCUCGGUGUCCUUUACUGGAGAGAGAGCAAACAAAGAAAUGACCCUUUAAAGGACUUCUUUCCAGGGAUGGUUUGGAAAUGCGCUAGACCUCAUGUGUGCACACGUUUGCCAGAGAGUGAGCACAGACUUCUGGGACUUUGUGUUCUUGUUAUGCUGUGUGUAUCCAGGGUCACCCAGAGCAGAGGGGCGGCAGUCAGCCACCACCUCAGCACCUAGCAUACAGGCAUCUCAUAAAAGCCUGUUUUUAGGAAGCUGUUUGGGUGCCCAGUGUAUAUAGAGCGUUGUUGUCAUGGGGCACCCGGAUCCCAGCAGCCUUUAUGUCUGCCUGGAGGAUGUCUUGCUGGAGUUUGCAAAGAAAUCUUACUUGGAGGGAAAGACAUAUCAGGGACUUCUGUUGAAUGUUUUAAAUUCAGCUUUAAAUCGAGAACUCAGCAGCGUUGACAGGGAAGGUCAGGGAUAUGCCUUUUUCAGAGCUGCUGAGGAGCCUGGAGAAGAAGGUGCAUCUUGGGGCCUCCCUCCCAUCACCGCAGGGGCAGCGCUGUGCAGCCUGGAUGGUCAUUGUCCCCUAUCCUAUGUGACCACAGCAGCCCUGGACACAUGGGACGGGUCCUCUUUUCUCCAGAAUGAAACGGCAGUAGCCGAACUGUGUACCACCCUCCACAGUUUCCAAUGGCUUUCUUGCUUCAUCUGAUUUGCAUUUUCUAAUAACCCUGUGAAGCUGACAGAAUUUAUCUGUGUGUUGUCAUGAGAGAAAACAAACAGAAAACUACCUGGGAUAACAGGGCAUGGUAGCACGUGUCUACAGUCCCAGUUCACGGGAGGCAGAGGCUGGAGGAUCACUGCAAGUUCAAAGUCAGUGUGGUCUCCACGUUGAGACUCCAGGCUACUGUAGCAAGAUCCUAUUUUUAAAAACUAAAAAAAUUAGGCUAGUUAAGGGUCGCCCAACUCUUCAAAGCUAAGAGGAAGUAGUUUCAGGCCUGCUGCCUAAGAAAGCUGGGCUGUUCCUGGCUUUAAUGAGACCAGCUCCCAGCAAUGUCCAAGUGCCCUGGACGUCUUUGAGCCAUCCCCAGAGAAAGAAGAAAAAAAAAAAUGAGUUCCCUAUCAGGUAGGACAGAGUUUCUCUUCAUCCAGGUGACACAUGGAGACCUGUGAGGAUGAACUCUGCUCCGGGAAGAGGCUGGGCUCCCCUCCUGCCUCAUCUGGGUGAUGACCUCACAGAACAGCCAAGGCUGUUUACUCACUAACGCCUUCGGGAGGCUUUUGUGGGAAAAUAAAGAAAAGGGGCCUUUGGGAGAUUCCCGUCUUGCCUUUGGGGCUAUUUGCUGAAAAUUCAGGGUUUCUUGGUUGGCUUUACCCCGUGUUCAGAAGAUUAGCUCCUACUUCAGGUAGUAUUGCCGUGUAUUGCCAAAGAGCCGCCACUUGCACGACCGCGAGUGGGGGCCGUUCCUGGAUGGUGUUCUAUCCCUGGAAUAAAGAAUUCAGGAUGCCCCUUCCUCUUCCCUGUACCUGAUCACUUUCUUUGACUCAUAAAAAUCCAGAUUAAAUUAAAAUAUAAAAUGGUUCCCUUCUCAAUCUUCAAGUAUGCUGGCUGCCUUUCCAGAGGCAGGCUGUUUCCCCCACCUAUUAUUUCUGUUACCUCGAGGACACAGACCGACCCAUAGCUAAUGAGGGAACUCUUCUGGCCCACACUAAGGUUCUCUGGGGCUCCAAUGCGGGAGGUUGUUUUAAGAAUCCAGAGUUGGCCUUUAGCACAACCCUCGGAGAAAUGAGCGUGAGUAAUAAAAUGUAGCCAGCAGGUGGCGCUGUCGAGAAGGUUGGUGCCCUUCCAGCCGCAAGCUCACUGCAGAUGCUUGUAGUAUUAAGAUGCUCAAUGUUUUAAUCAAAAUAAGCACUGAUCUUAAAUGUUAAGAUAAGAGUUUUCCUCACAGAACAUUUUCCUUUUCUUAAAAGUGGCAUCAUAUGGUCUUCCCAGAUCAAGAUUCUAUCCUGAUAGUAAACAGAGGGCGUCUCAGGGUACAGAGACAUUUGGUGAAUGUUUAGCUUGUGUGGCUCUUGCCUCCUCCCCCUGUUGGGGUAACUUGUAAAAGGUUCAGGGGAAAGGGGAUGGUGGAGGGAGGCGGAGCACUCUCACCUGCCUAGCAUGGGCAAAGCCCUGGGUUCAGUUCCUGCCAUGGGGGAUAAAAGGGAAAGUUUAAUGUCUACUGUAUCACCGGUGUUAACACUCUAUAAAAUUGUAACCAAAAUAAAUGUCUUACCUUACAAAGAA